AGGCGGAGGAGGAAAAGGCAGAGAGAGAGAGCCCAGCCCUUGAAUACACGGCAACAACACGCCGUCAGAGAGAGAGGGAGAGACACAGAGAGACUGGCUGUUUUUUGGGGGAGCAAAGGGAGCCUUCGACGCUGCGGAUAUGAACUGAAAAGACACACUGGAAGAGACAGGGAUCGUGUUCCUAUAUCCCCAAAUCUUACUGUAAAGGUGGAAAACUAGCCCCCAAACCCUCCUUUCUCCCCACCAGUUCUUAUUCAGAUAGAGCUACACCCAAAGCCCCGACCGACCCCCUCCUGCUCCUGCUGCUCCACCCCUCCGCCGCUGCACCGCUCCGGCAACCGAGAUGCACACGGAGACCCGUAACAAGAAAUGCCAGUCGACUCUUAAGCAGAAGAAGAGUGCUGUCGGCGCCCAGAAGAAGCAGAGGAGCCCGGCCAAGCACAGCACCCUGACCCAGCAGCAACAGCCGCCGUCGUCAUCAUCACCGCCGCCGCCGGUAUCCCGGGUGGAGGAGGAGAAGGAGGAGGAGCCGGUGACCAGGCCUCGGCCGCCACAGGAGGAAGAGGAGGAGGAAGCAGGCGAGGAGGAGCGAGAGGAAGUGGCGACACAGUCUGUGAAGAAGAAGGAGGAGGAAGAGCAGGAGGAGGCAGAGGGAGGCGAGACAGUCAUGCCCUCUGUACAGAUCAAACCAGAGCCAGAGGAGAUGGAGUGCACGCAGGCAGAUGUAGGUGACGACUGCUCACAGCCAACAGACUUGAAGGUGAAGACAGAGUUGCCAGUUUGCAAGACAGAGCCCUCUUCGCCCCAGCCGUGCGCGGCCGAGGAUCAGACCGAACCUGUCGACCUGUCGCUCAACAAGCCCCGCUCCUCUUCGCUCCCUGCUUCUACGACAAACACCACAGUCAACCCUGCACCCAGCGAUGCCGUGACCCAACCCAGCCUGUCGGCUACACCAGUCCCCUCUGCAGUACAGUCGAUAGGCUCCAUGGUGCUCUCACCGGGCUCCAUCUUGGCCACGCAGGGCGCCGGCGGUCAGCAGAUCCUGCACGUCAUCCACACAAUCCCCUCGGUCAGUAUGCCCAGCAAGGUGGGCCAGCUCCAGACCAUCCCUGUGGUGGUGCAGUCGCUGCCUGUUGUCUACACCACCAUGCCUACUGAUGGCGUCGCCACGGCAGCCAUUACAGUGCCGCUCAUAGGCAGUGAUGGGCGCUCAGAAGGAUCUGUUCGUAUUAAGCCAGGUUCGACGUCUCCGGUGGAGUAUCAGAGUGACAGCGAUGCAGAGAGCGGUACGGAGUCUGGAUCGGCCUCUCUCAGUGCCCAGAGCCUCGACGCAGGGUCAGUUAUGGACUUAGAACCUGUCGAUCCAGAUUCGCCGGACAUCAAGAGGAGGCGGAUCCACAUGUGUGACUAUGAAGGCUGUAAAAAAGUUUACACCAAGAGCUCCCACCUCAAAGCCCACAGGAGGAUACACACAGGAGAGAAGCCCUACCACUGUACCUGGGAGGGCUGCACCUGGCGCUUCGCCCGCUCCGACGAGCUGACCAGACACUUCCGCAAGCACACCGGAAUCAAACCUUUCCGCUGCACCGAGUGCGACCGCUCCUUCUCCCGGUCCGACCACCUCUCCCUGCACCGCCGCCGCCACGUCAUGAUGUGAACUCUUGACCUCCUUCCUCCCUCCCCCACCCCCCUUUGACAAAGUCCCUCACAGCACAUCUUGUACCAGUGACCCCCCCCCCCCCAUUUCCAUCCUCACCUCUGCUGCCCCCACAUCAGGAUUUUAAUCAGCAGAUAAAAAAAGACACUGUACCUCCUCCCUCCUUCCUCCUCCUCCUCCUCUUCAUCAUGAAAUCACAGGAAAAUGAGGGAUGUGUCUGUGCAUUUGUGUGUGCGCCCAGUGGAGGUUUUUUACUGUGUGUGUUUCAACACAUCAUCAUCACCGUCCACCCAACACCCCCCAAAAACAGUCCCCUCCCUACCAUCCUCCAACUCCACCCGUCACGCGAGACGUCACCUCCUCAGACAGAGAGGGAUGGACUGAAGGUCGCCCAGCAGCAGGGACGUUCAUCCAUCCAUCCAUCACAUGCAUCCAUCCAUCCACAGGAAAGGAGGAGGAAGAGGAGGAGUGACAUGUGUGUAUCACUUUCAAAACAGAAGGGGAGUCUUAAGCAGGAUGUCACUUCAGCUGCCCGAACAAUAUUCAUUCUGUACAUAUCCAGAGUUGGGAAGUAAUGUGACUGCAAAGCCAAAACAUGCCUCAAAUCGCUCCUUCUAACAACAGCAGCAUUUCCAGGAACCUUUUUAAGAACUCAAGAACUUAUCUAUCCAAUUUAUCCAUUGUGACUUGAGGAAUGAUGGCAAAAUGGAUGAGCUGAAUCAGGACAUAUCUGAUCAAGGGAUAGGUUAACAAGACUACAAAAGUUUGAUACUCAGUCGAUGCUACGGACACAUUUCGGUUGGUAACAAAAAAGUAUUAAAGUUCAAUUUCCAGCUCAAAAUCUUGGCCCAAAAAAGUCCCUGCUCUGGGACAACAGUCUACUAUGAUAAACACAGUGAUUCUGUCUCAAACAUAUAUGUAAUUGGACGUUUUUGCAAAAUCUUACAUUUCAAAUGCAAGAAAUCCGCAAAGCUCUUAGUUCCUGGGACUGUGUGGAAAAGGGUUUAAAAUAAUGGAUCUUGAAAGUGAAGGCUUCCCAUCCCUGUGCAUAUCAGCGUAUGAGUGUGUGUAUGCGCAUGUCACAGGCUUUUUCACAGCAGCUGAAGUGACGUCAAACAGGUAUUUCCUCUUUGGCAAACAUCUGUCUGAGAUCUAAAAGUAGAUUAUUGAGUCCCGACUCCCCUCCCUCCCCCCACACCCGCAUCACCCCCCACCCCCUCCCCCACUCCCCCUCCCCUGGUACAGGGAGCUACAAGACUGUGAACUUUAUAAAGAUUCAUUUGUUUUCAUUGUAUCAAUCACAUUAAUGUCAUUUGCGUGUUCUCCCCCUCCCCCGCACACACCUUCCUGAUUGUUCUUCGAUA